AGAUGACACCAUCCCUAUCUGCAACGUCACCUCGGUGACAGGUAGUUGUGACGUCACAAUGCUUGACCCUUGUGUGUGCAGCCAGUACAAGUGGUCAGGGUCUGCUGAAAUCAAAGACGAUGGAUUUGGACUCUACCAAGUGACCGCUUCUAUUAAUGCAACAGGAUCGUUCCGACACGACAAUUUCACCCUUGGUUACAACGGCACCAUAUCUGCUGCAAUCACGGGCGACUGUUGUAAAGCACUUGUCUACAUCAUCGCUGUCGACCUCGCCAGCAACACCGGUCAGUGUGUGUUUGAUCUCGCCCCAGGACUGACGAAGCCAUUUCAGUCCUGCAAGCCAAUAACUCAGCCCCCCGACGCCUGGUCCAAUGAACUUGUUACCAUCGUCGCUGCUGCGGGAGGUGCUGGACUCAUCAUCCUUGUGCUUCUCAUCACUGUAGUCAUUGUCGUCAUCAGAGGCAGAGGAAGGAUGAAGACGGCCGAUUGAUUUUAUUACGAGAGUCCUUGAGUAAUGAGUUUAUCGACCUUCAAAACUAAUCUUUAUGUAAAUAUGCUUACAGCUUCAUAAAUUGCUAGGAGCGUUCCUCAUUCGAAUUUGGAUUGUUUCCGCUCCAGGCACUAAGGAGAUCCCAGGAAUUGACUUUUAGAGAAGACCUGUUCACACUUUCUGUUUGUAAUGUUUGUUUUAGAUGUACGUAUGCAGAAACAUCUGUUGUAUUCUAAUCAUUAUAACAUUAUUAUGCAUUAUGAUUAUUAUGAUCAUUAGAUUUGUAUGCAGUGUAUUCUUGACGGAUUACAUUCCAAUCUAUGCUGCAAUUCAUUUGUUGUCAUUAUACUGGAAACAUCUUUCAUUAUCAGUAAUAUGUCACAAUUGUCAAUCAAAAGGCUAAUGUAUGGGAGGGGGUCAUCUGUGCUUGGUUACAACAACAUAUGCUCGUAAUAAUAACGACAUGUGUAAAAUCAGUGUGGUCUUUGUUGUUUUAAGCCAUAUCCAACAAUAUUUCAGCUGUAUGGACAGUGAGUAUGUGCCACAACGAGAUCCAGCAAUCCUCGCCAGGUAAUCCAGUGAGUGGUGGCAUUAGCAUCCAUCUGCUGAAAGACAUGGUGAAUGACCUGCAUAAGGUCAGACUGACCAUUUAAACCCGUUUGUCACUUCUUAGGACGCCCUUGGGUUGUUGAAGAUGUGAACGUUACGGUGUAAUAGUGGCCGAAUGAAUGGGUGUGGCAGAUAUUACUGGCGAAAGGGAAACUGUCAUAUCAUAAACUUUGUUUUAUAUACCACAUCAAGGGACGUAACUCUAAAAUAACAUAAACUAGGCUCUGUCCAUUGAAGAUUCGAG